UCCCGCGCGUCAUCCCUUUCUCCGGAGCUUGACAGAGCAAGUUGAGUGUCAGCUGCGGAUGGAUUGCUGGGUUGUCUAAAAUAUACCCCCGACACCUUGAAAUCGUCGUCAGUUGCAAGCCACAACAAUGCCGGCAUAUUUUCAACGUCCGGAAAACGCUCUGAAAAGAGCAAACGAGUUUCUUGAGGUUGGCAAGAAGCAGCCAGCUUUGGAUGUUCUUUAUGAUGUCAUCAAGAGCAAGAAGCACCGAACAUGGCAGAAGAUCCACGAGCCAAUCAUGCUCAAGUACCUGGAGCUCUGUGUGGACCUGCGGAAGAGCCACCUGGCUAAGGAAGGCCUCUACCAGUACAAGAACAUCUGCCAGCAGGUGAACAUCAAGUCUCUGGAGGAUGUGGUCAGGGCCUACCUGAAGCUGGCCGAGGAGAAGACUGAGACUGCUAAAGAAGAGUCUCAGCAGAUGGUGCUGGAUAUUGAGGAUCUGGACAAUAUCCAGACCCCAGAGAGUGUGCUGCUGAGUGCGGUGAGUGGGGAAGACACCCAGGACCGUACAGAUCGCCUGCUACUCACCCCCUGGGUGAAGUUCUUGUGGGAAUCCUACCGCCAGUGCCUGGAUUUGCUGCGCAACAACUCCAAGGUGGAGCGCCUUUACCAUGACAUCGCACAGCAAGCCUUUAAGUUCUGCCUUCAGUACACGCGCAAGGCGGAGUUCCGCAAGCUGUGUGACAACCUGCGCAUGCACUUGGGCCAGAUCCAGCGGCACCACAACCAGAGCACCGCCAUCAACCUGAACAACCCGGAGAGUCAGUCUAUGCACUUGGAGACCCGCCUGGUCCAGCUGGACAGUGCCAUCAGCAUGGAGCUCUGGCAGGAAGCUUUCAAGGCUGUAGAGGACAUCCAUGGACUUUUUGCACUGUCCAAGAAGCCCCCAAAACCACAGCUGAUGGCCAACUAUUAUAACAAGGUGUCUACAGUGUUCUGGAAGUCAGGGAAUGCGCUGUUUCAUGCCUGCACUCUGCACCGCCUGUACCAUCUGUCCAGGGAGAUGAGGAAGAAUCUCACCCAAGAGGAGAUGCAAAGGAUGUCCACCCGAGUGCUCCUCGCCACCCUGUCCAUUCCCAUCACCCCGGAGCGCACGGACAUCGCCAGACUCCUGGACAUGGAUGGUAUCAUUGUGGAGAAACACCGUAGGCUGGCCACUCUGCUGGGCCUGCAGUCUCCCCCCACCAGGCAGAGCCUCAUCAACGACAUGGUGAGGUUUAAUUUGCUGCAGUACAUUGUCCCCGAAGUGAAGGAGCUGUACAACUGGCUGGAAGUGGAUUUUCACCCUCUGAAGCUUUGUGGAAGAGUGACUAAGGUGUUGAACUGGGUUAGGGACCAGGCUGAGAAGGAGUCUGACCUCCAGCAGUAUGUGCCCCACCUGCAGAACAACACCAUCCUCAGGCUGCUGCAGCAGGUGGCUCAGAUCUACCAGAGCAUCGAGUUCAGCCGCUUGGCCUCCCUUGUCCCCUUUGUGGAUGCUUUCCAGCUGGAGCGCUGCAUUGUGGAUGCAGCCCGCCAUUGUGACCUGCAGGUACGAAUUGACCAUACUUCGCGCACCCUGAGUUUUGGGUCAGACCUGAACUACUCGACCAAGGAGGAUUCUCCAGUGGGCCCCUUCCUGCAGAACAUGCCAUCUGAGCAGAUAAGAAAUCAGCUAACAGCCAUGUCCUCCUCCCUGGCCAAAGCCAUCCAGGUCAUCAAGCCUGCAGCCAUCCUGCAAGAACGUGAGGAGCAGAGCCAACAGGCCAUCGCCGCCUACCUGAAGAACGCCCGCAAGGAGCACCAGCGUAUCCUGGCCCGCCGGCAAACCAUCGAGGAGCGCAAGGAGCGGCUGGAGAGCCUGAACAUCCAGAGGGAGAAGGAGGAGCUGGAGCAGCGGGAGGCCGAGAUGCAGAAGGUGCGCAAGGCGGAGGAGGAGCGUCUGCGCCAGGAGGCCAAGGAGCGGGAGAAGGAGCGCAUAAUGCAGGAGCACGAGCAGAUCAAGAAGAAGACUGUGCGCGAGCGCCUGGAGCAGAUCAAGAAGACCGAGCUGGGGGCCAAAGCCUUCAAAGACAUUGACAUCGAGGACCUGGAAGAGCUGGACCCAGACUUCAUCAUGGCCAAGCAGGUGGAGCAGCUGGAGAAGGAGAAGAAGGAACUGCAGGAGCGCUUGAAGAACCAGGAGAAGAAGAUUGACUACUUUGAGAGGGCCAAGCGACUUGAAGAGAUACCCUUGAUCAAAAAGGCAUACGAAGAGCAGCGCAUCAAAGACAUGGAGUUAUGGGAACUACAGGAAGAAGAAAGAAUCAGCAACAUGAAGGUGGAGCGGGAGAAGGCACUGGAGCAUAAGCAGAGAAUGUCCCGCAUGAUGGAGGACAAGGAAAACUUUGUGUCCAAGAUCACAGCUGCCCGUAGCUUCAUCUAUGAGGAAAAACUGAAACAGUUUCAGGAGCGCCUAGUUGAAGAGAGGAAGAAACGUUUAGAGGAGCGCAAAAAACAGCGGAAGGAGGACAGACGCAAUGCUUACUAUCGUCAGAAAGAGGAGGAGGCCCAGAGGAUCCACGAGGAGCAGCUGAAGAAAGAGCGGGAGGAGAGGGAGCGGCUGGAGCAGGAGCAGCGCGAGGAGGAGGAGAGGGAGUACCAGGAGCGUCUGCGCAAACUGGAGGAGCAGGAGCGCAAGCAGCGCGCGCGGCAGCAGGAGAUCGAGGAGAGAGAGCGCCGCAGGGAGGAGGAGAGGAGAAUCCCAGAGGACAAAGGCAGCAAGGAUCAGCACUGGCCUGAGAAGGACGAGGGAGGCUGGAGGAAGCGCACUGAUGAUUCUGAGUGGCGGCGCCCAGCAGAGCGAGACUGGCGUGCGGAAGGCCGUGAUGAGGAGAAAGCCUUCCACAGGGACGAGGAGAGGGAGGCGCCCUUCAGGAGGGGUGGAGACGGGCCUCGCAGGGGUGGCGCAGAUGACCGGGGGCCCAGGAGAGGUUUCGAUGAGGACCGAGGCCCACGCCGGGGGGGAGAUGAUGACCGUGGUCCCAGAAGAGGGGCGGACGACGACCGAGGCCCUAGGAGGGGCUUUGAUGAUGAUAGAGGCCCUAGAAGAGGCUUUGAUGAUGACAGAGGCCCUAGGCGGGGCUUUGAUGAUGACAGAGGCCCUAGGAGAGGCUUUGAUGAUGACCGAGGCCCAAGGAGAGGCUUUGAUGAUGAUAGAGGCCCUAGAAGAGGCUUCGAUGAUGAUCGAGGCCCCAGGAGGGGUUUCGAUGAUGACAGAGGCCCCAGGAGGGGCUUUGAUGAUGACAGAGGCCCCAGGAGAGGUGGAGAUGAUGAGAGAGGGGGUAGGAGAGGAGGAGAUGACCAGGGAUCUCGCCGUGGAGAUGACUCCAGACCUUGGAAACCCCUGGGCAGGCCAGGUGGAUGGAGGGAGAGGGAAAAGGCCCGGGAGGAAAGCUGGGGCCCCCCCCGCGAUGCCGGAGGCCAUGAUGAUGGCGGCGAGCAGGAAGGAGAUGAGCGGGAGGAAACCGAACGCUUCAGGGAGCGUCGUCCUCCCCGUGAGGAGAGUGGUGGUGGCUGGAGACGGGGAGGUACUGAAGAGUCCAGCAGCUGGAGGGACUCUCGGCGAGAAGACUUUGACCGUGAUGAUCGCCGUGAUCGCGACAGACGUGAUGACCGCGACCGCCGUGACAGAGACCGCAGGGAGGACAGAGAACACAGAGGUCCAGCCAGAGAGAACGAUGAGGGGGGCUCUUGGCGUCGUGGUGGUGAUGACAGGAGGGAUGAUCGCAAAGAGGAGAGGGACACCCCCUCGAGGGCUCCGCACAGGGAGCGAGAGAGAGAUGGGGAGAAGCCCUCCUGGCGCUCUGACAAGGAUGGAGACAACCCACGUCGCACAAAGAAUGAGACCGACGAUGAGGGCUGGACCACGGUCCGCCGCUGACCACCCAGCCAGGCUGCUGCUUUCCUCUUAAAAACGGCAAAUGAGCUGCUCCAUGAACCAUUCAGUCCUCUCUCCAGACCCAGAGCUGGGGCAUCAUGUCUCAAAACUAGUCAAAUACAAUUUGCAGAGCUGUUGUUGUAAUGCCAAAAUUGACCUUUCUCAAUCCCAAUGCCCAAUUUACCAUGAAUUGUUGUUUGAAAAGAAAAAAAAUGCUUCUUAUCCUCUACUAAAUAGUUCAUUCUCAAUUUGUUGUGCAUGCAUAGAAUAUUUAAUUGGUCUCUUGCAAUAUUUAGUGUGUGGUUCCUUGGAGGUUUUCUUAGCCACCAGUUGUGUCAACAUCUAAGAGGUUUGAGCAGUGAGAUGCUUCCCUGUAUAUCAGUAGUUUGCAAUUUCACCUGUGCGUGUCUGCAGCAAUUCUAACUAGUUGUGGUUCCUCACAUGGUUGCAUGCUUUUAGACAAAUUCACUCUUAUUAAUAAAGUCAUU